AUGGGGAACAUUUUAACUGAUCAAGUUGAUUACAAAUUUUGUAUGCCUCCUAAAAUUAACAAAUCAUCAGGCAGUCGUAGUCAACGUAAAAGUUCACAAAAAUUAAAUAGUACUAAUAAAAAGUCAAGCAAUCCAUUAAUUUUAAAUAAUGACUUACUACAAAGAAUCGAUGAAUUAGAUGAUGCAACAAUUCAAUCAUUUGGUCGUGAUUAUUAUCUAUUUAUAAUUAAACAAUUAGAAAUGCAAGUGAAUGCGUAUGAAAAUUAUAUUAAACAAUUAUCCAUGCAAAAUGAAAAAAUUAUAACAAAGUAUCAUACUAGUGAUUUUGAAUGUCAAAAUCAAUUUAGAACAUUGAAUAAAAGAUAUCACGAGAGAAUCAAUGAAGCGGCUGAUUUAACUGAACGUAUUCAAGCUAUGCAACGUGUUUUUAGAACAAAUCUUGAUAAAUGGAGAGCUAGAGAAAAUGAAUUAGAGAAUUUAAAGAAAUCUACUGAAGAAAGAAUGAUGGCAGAAAAUUUAGCAAUUGCUAAUGAAUUAGCUUCACUUGAAGAAUUCCGAUCAAAUCGUGAAGCCCUUUGGAUACAUUAUCAUAAUUUAGAAUCUACUCUGGAUCAGAUAAAAAAUGAACAUAAGUUAGCUAUGGAAAAUUUAUCAGAAAGGGACCGAGCUUAUAGGGGACGAUUGAAAAAAGUCACUAAAUUAAAAAUUAAUGAGGUUGCUUCGGAGUUUCGUUCCAUUUCAUUUCAACGAACAGAACCAACUAUAAAACGUAUGCUUGCUGAAAAUGUUUCCAUUGAAGAUCAGUUAGUGAAACUUUCCGUGGCUAUAGCUGAUAUAAGUAGAGAAAAUGUUGAUUUGUUGGCAGAAUUUUAUCACUUAACUGAUGAACAAUCAAAGUUAGAAAAAGAACAAAUUUUAUUAAGUACUCGUAGUUCAGCCAUAUUAAAGGUAUCUCAUUUAUUAUCAAUACUUCAAAUAAAACUUGAUGAGAAAAUUAAAGAAGCUAAUGAAAAGAAUGAAAUUUAUUUGAAUUUAAACAAUAAAUGUAAUGAAUUAGAACAUGAGAAACAAUUGUUAAAUACAAAAGUUGAAGGUUUAGUAAGUAAAAGAGAUCAUGUGCUGAAUAAUUUAAACGAAAUCAAUAGAAAAUCAGUAGAUUGUUCCGAUUCAAUUCAUCAUUUAACCGACUGUAUUUUAUAUGCAGCUGAAUAUAUUCGAACAAUUUUAUCUACUAAUUCUGAUCAAUCAUUGAAUGAAACUUAUCAACCAAAUAAAGAUAAUACUGACCAACUGGAGAGUGAAGAUACGAAAGAAAUUUUGUUUAAAUUAUACAAUAAAUUAAAUUCAGUUGAUUGUAUCAUAAAUAAAUAUGGUACUAUACAAUUAGAUGAUACUGAUUAUGAAAAUGAAAUCGAUAAUCCACUAAGUGAAAAGAGAAUAAUUGAACAUAAUGACAAUUUAUCAGAUAUUAGUGUACCUAAUUAUGAAUUAGAUAUUGAUGAAACAAUGUCAAUAUCAGAACCAGAAGAUACUGAUCAAAAUAUUAAUCAAAACAAUAGAUCAAUAACAAGUAGUAAAUCAGAUAAUAUGAAUAAAUUAGAAAAUAUGGAAAGACUAGAUAAAAUAUGGUCACAAAUUAAUACUUCUUAUCUGAAAUCAUAUGAUCCAGCUUCAAAUGAAUGGAAAGAAAUUUUAAAUAUUUUAACAAAGAAUCAAAUAAAUUGGAGUGAAAACCUAAGGAACAAAUCAACUGAUUUACAUGAUGGUUAUUUAAAACCAGGCCAUUUAAAAUUUAUUCCAGCUCCAUCAAUGAAAAUCUUAACAAAGAAGGAAUAUAUGAGUUCAUUAAGAAGAAGAGAAAGUAGAAGUACAAGUCGUAGUCUUAAAUUAACUGAUAAUAUUUCAGAUAAUAUUAAUGAAAGAUCCAAAUCAGUCGGAGUUCAAACUCGCAGUAACUCAUGUGUUAGCCAGUUAAAAAGCAAACAGUUACGUUUUGAACAAUAA